GAGAAGCACUGCAUCUCACCAAACGCUUCUGUUGCAGGAGUGCCGGAUCGCACAUCCCAUUGUUAAAUGCACCUACUGCAGGACUGAAUUCCAGCAGGAAAGCAAAACCAACACGAUAUGCAAGAAGUGUGCUCAGAAUGUGAAGCUCUAUGGCACACCAAAGCCCUGCCAGUACUGCAACAUUAUAGCAGCAUUUAUUGGAAACAAGUGUCAGCGUUGCACAAACUCUGAAAAGAAGUAUGGACCUCCGCACUCCUGUGAGCAGUGCAAGCAGCAGUGUGCGUUUGACCGGAAGGAUGAUAGGAAAAAGGUGGAUGGAAAGCUGCUAUGCUGGUUAUGCACGCUGUCCUACAAACGGGUCCUACAGAAGACCAAAGAGCAGUGCAAACACCUGAGCAGCUCCUCCCGAGCCAGCCUGCAAGAGAAGGAGCAGUACAGUCGGCUCAGCAGUGGCAGCCACUAUAACAGCCAGAAAACCUUAUCAACCUCUUCUAUUCAGAAUGAAAUCCCAAAGAAGAAAGCCAAGUUUGAUGCCAUAUCUGCCAAUGGUGACAGUUUUUCUCCGGACCUCGCCCUGGACUCUCCUGGCACUGACCACUUCGUUAUCAUUGCCCAGCUGAAGGAGGAAGUGGCUACGUUAAAAAAGAUGCUGCACCAGAAAGAUCAGAUGAUUUUGGAGAAGGAGAAGAAGAUCACGGAGCUGAAAGCCGACCUGCAGUACCAGGAGUCGCAGAUGAGGGCAAAGAUGAACCAAAUGGAGAAGACGCACAAGGAGGUCAUGGAGCAGUUACAGGCCAAGAACAGAGAACUCCUGAAGCAAGCAGCUGCCCUAUCGAAGGGCAAAAAGCCGGAGAAGUCGGGAGCAAUAACCUCCCCUUAAAACCAAACCCCCAAUGUGGGAGCUUUCCCCAGCAUUAGCCACGGAGCCGGGGAGCCCUGCCCAAUCGCUGGAAGCCAAAACCUCCGUGUUGUCCCUGUCCCGCUGCCGUGGCCUCGACGGAAACGCCCGGCAUGUGUUGCCUUUCGACAGCACGCCUGAGCGUCUCUGCUUUCCAUCUCUGUUGAAGGCCGCUCUGCAUCCACGGUGAUCCACGGGGAGAGGCCCCAGCCAUCCGAAAUCCCCCCCUCCCCAAAGUACUGCUUUCUGGAAGAAGGAUUUUUCCUAACCGGUUCCUACCACUGCCAACCCUUUUGAUUAGCAAACAGGAACCCGCUGCAUUCGAGCCGCCGUGCUGGUUCCCAGCUUCUGCUGGGAGGCAACAGCCGUGGCC